ACACACACACACACACACACACACACACACACACACACACACACACACACACACACACACACACAACUUCUACUUUACUCCAGUACCAGAUCUGAGUACUUCUACCCCCCCCGAUCUGCAGAUGGAGGAAUCAGUGUGAUUGAAGCUGUUUCUCGGCUCCUACUUCCUUGUUUCCCGCCCUUGAUGGAGUGCUUCAGAGAUAAGGAACCUUUCAGCUCGAUGAAUACUUGAAAAGGACGCAGCGUUCGGAGUACUUCCUUGUGAGCGCUGGGUUUAAAAAGGACUCUCUCCUCUCUCUGCUUCCUCCUCUCUGAUCACAGUCAUGGGGAACUUCGCUGCCAACGAGGGACUCUCCAUUUUCGUUAUUCUGGUGUGGCUGGGGAUCAAUGCCUUCCUGUUUGUGCAUUUCUACAUGGCCUUCCUGCUGGAGCGUUGGUUCUACACCCGGGUCCUGCUGGGGCAAGCUCUGUCCUGGGCCCGGGCGCCGGCCGCCUGCCUCAACUUCAACUGCAUGCUCAUCCUGCUGCCGGUGUGCAGGAACCUGCUCUCCUUCCUGCGCGGCACCAUCCAGUGCUGCAGCCGCACAGCAGCUCGGCAGCUGGACCGGAACAUCACCUUCCACAAACUGGUGGCUUACAUGAUCGCCUUCCACACAGCCGUACACAUCAUCGCCCACCUGUUCAACUUCGAGUACUUCAUGGACGCGCAGCUGAACAGGAACAGCAGCCUCCUGCCCUUCGUCCUGUCGGAGAUCGGCUCCGGAGACAACGCCUCCUUCCUGAACCCCAUCAGGACCAACAACACGAGCCCCACCAUCGUGCUGUUCACCACCAUCGCCGGGCUGACGGGCGUCGCCAUCACGCUGGCGCUCAUCCUCAUCAUCACGUCCUCCAUGGAGGUGAUCCGCCGCUCCUACUUCGAGGUGUUCUGGUACACGCACCACCUCUUCGUCAUCUUCUUCAUUGGACUGGUGUUCCACGGCGCUGGGCGCAUUGUGAGAGGACAGACCCUCCCCAGCCUGCAGACCAACGACCCUGAGGUGUGCUCCACCCGAGUUGAGGAGUGGGGGAACAACGGCUCCAGUUGUGCUGUUCCCAAGUUUGCAGGAAACCCCCCACAGACAUGGAAGUGGGUGCUGGGCCCGAUGAUCCUGUACGUGUGUGAGAGGAUCGUGCGCUUCUACCGCUCGCACCAGAAGGUGGUCAUCACCAAGGUGGUGAUGCACCCCUCCAAGACCCUGGAGCUGCAGAUGAAGAGGAAAGGCUUCCACAUGGAGGUGGGGCAGUACGUCUUCAUCCAGUGUCCCUCCGUCUCCAGGCUGGAGUGGCACCCCUUCACGCUGACCUCCGCCCCCGAGGAGGACUACUUCAGCGCCCACAUCCGCAUCGUGGGGGACUGGACCCAGGCGCUGUACGAGGCCUGCGCCGGGGACCAGACGGAGCCUCAGGACGCCUGGAAGCUGCCCAAGAUAGCCAUCGACGGCCCGUUCGGCACGGCCAGCGAAGACGUGUUCCGCUACGAGGUGGUGAUGCUGGUCGGAGCGGGCAUCGGUGUGACUCCUUUCGCCUCCAUCCUGAAGUCAGUGUGGUACAAACGGAUCCAGAACAACCAGGACGUCUUCACCAAGAAGAUCUACUUCUACUGGCUGUGUCCGGAGACCGAGGCCUUCGAGUGGUUCGCUGACCUGCUGCAGUCUCUGGAGGCCCAGAUGACGGAGAAAGGUGUGAUGGACUUCCUCAGCUACAACAUCUACCUCACCCGCUGGAAGGAGAAGGAGGCGGCUCACUUCCGCGUUCACCACGAGGCGGAGAACGAUCCCAUCACCGGGCUCAAGCAGAAGACCCUCUACGGGAAACCCAACUGGGACAAUGAGUUCAGCAACGUUGCAGCAAAGCACCCUGGGUGUAUUUGAUGACGUGAUAUGCUGUUCGUCUUGUUUUCCUGCACAAAUUGAGUCCUGACUGCUGGAUAAACUCCGUCUCUGUGUCCUCAGGACUAAAGUGGGGGUGUUUCUAUGCGGCCCCCCUCAGCUGGGGAAGUCCCUGGAGAAACAGAGUCUGUCUCACUCCGAGGGUGACGUCAAGUUCAUCUUCAACAAGGAGAACUUCUAACUUCCUGCGCAGACGCUAAGCAAAGACGCCGUUGUUGCUCAAACUGGAGGAACCACCCCGCAGCUUUUUCCACAUUACCUUCUUCUCCUUUUGUUACUUCAACAUUUAAAACCACCACCAGUUUCAAAACCUGCCUUCCCAUUUCCAUCUGGUUGUCUUCUUGCUCAUGCCAGAGAUGAAGCAGCUCAAGUGUUUCUGAGUCAAGAAGUUUGAGAAGAAACUAAAUGCUAAAUCGCCCUCUAGCAAGGCAGCUUCAGUGUGAGGCCGUGCAAGAAAACAACCCGGAAGUAGAGACGCAUCAUGCACCGGUUUCACUUCUUCCAGCUUUUCUUUACAUAGGUGCAUCCUCCUGUUUACACGGUGUGAUCACGUCUGAAUAAUUGACAGAGUCGGAAUUCUUCACUAAAUUGAGCAAAAAAAAGGCUGUUAUUUAUUUUAUGCAUCAAAUAUAUUCCCAUUUGUUUACGGCCAGACCUUCGAUUCAUUUCACAGGAGUACACGUCUUGUUUAGUGUGUGUCCAAUCAGUUUUAUAUCCUAGCGCAAUAAAUGUAUUUGCUAUUUAUCAGAACAUUUGAUGGUGUCGCCUUGCUUGCACCCCGGGUCGUGGGGAAUUUCCUUUUUUGGUAAUAAACCUGAACUGUCGAGCGGUUUUGUUGCAUCAAUGAUUUUGUAACUCAUGUAAACAGAAGUGGGAACUGUGUCCUCUCUUACCUCGAGGACUCUCUAUUUCAGUACACAUUCGAGAUACUUUUCUUGAGUAGAAUAUUUAACUCGACAGGGUGGAGUGUAAAAGAGUACCAUAAUAUUGCACUGAAGUACCUCAGUAUUUACUGCAGUUAAUCGGAACACAUGGCACAAAACUGAGGAAAUACCACGGAUAAAUAAAUCAAAUGAUGGAACAAAUAA